UCUCUUGCUCACGCUCAUAGUGUUUCAUACCCACUCUGUGUAAGUCUCUCUAUCCCCUCUAGUUAAUUGGAGGUUAUAACCUUCUCAAUGUGUAUAUCGUCGUAUAUAGAAAGACCAACCCAAACCCUUUUGGAUAAUUCAUUCUUUGUUUCACUCCUUAUAUAUAGGUUGGGUGGAUUGAUUGAUUUAGGUAGUGUCGGAUAAGGUGAAGCUGAUUAAACCAGAUGCAAAGUUUGGUUCAGUUUUACUUGUUUCUUAUUUGUUUUUCUGCUGCUCUUGAGUUUGUUCAAAAUUUUCUGGGAUUCUUUGGGAUGGAUUUUGUGUUUGGGGUUUUGUUGUACGGUCGUUUCUCGCCGCUUUUUGUGUCAGGGUUGUCUCUCAUGUUCGGGUUUGGUUUGUUAUACCAUUACAACUAUUUGAUUAAAUUCCUAUGUGACAAUAGAGCGAAAGCCAGUGACUUUAGUAAUGGGUUUUGCUCAAAAUGCGGUUCUCAUGAAGUUUGUGCUUCAAAGGCCGUGUCUUGCAAAUCUGAACCACUGAAAUCAUUGGAGAAUUUACAGUCAACAAAUGCAGAUGGUUUUCUGUUAACCAAAAUUGUCAAGGCAAAAGAUGCAAUUGAAGGAAAAGAUGAUGAUGAUGGUGACAAUGAUGAUGAGAAUGUUUGUUGUAAGGAGGAUGAAGUGUUUGAUGUUCUGUCAUUGAGGCAAUUGGUAAAGAUUGAGCGCCGGCGGGGGAAUGAGGCACGUGCAGAACUCGAGAAGGAAAGGAUGGCUGCUGCAUCUGCAGCUGAGGAAGCAAUGGCCAUGAUCUUGCGUCUUCAGAACGAGAAGAGUUCUACUGAAAUCCAAGCUAGUCAUUAUCGCCAGAUAGCUGAGCAGAAGCAGCAAUAUGAUGAAGCAGUGAUUCAGUCCUUGCAGUGGAUUAUAAUGAAACACGAAUCUGAGAGGAGUCAAUUGGAAGAGCAACUAAGACUGUGCAGGCAAAUGUGCAAUGGUCAGUCUGUGGAAGGUGAUCCAAGUAAAAACCUGUUCGAUUCCACCAACAUGGAAGAUGAUGGCCUCGAAGAUGUCUUUGGUGCACAUUGUAGGUAUUUUGAAUACGAGUAAUGCUAGAAGAAUCACAUUUAUGAACUGCAUUAUGGAUUUAGCUUCUUCUAUAAACGGAGGUAGGACCCACUUGAGCACCGACAAAUCAUUUUUUCGGAUGAGGUGAGUGACAUGGAUGAGUGAGUACAAAUGGAUAUAUGACGUCUGCAAUGUGAUUCAUAAAUUUGCUAGAAUUAAUAGCUAUACUCUUCUUGAAGCUGUUGGAAACAUAUUGAAUAAUGCAUUGAUAUAGCUUGGUUUCGCUGUUCAUUUGGGUUCAGUAGAAGUGAGUAGUACAACCAGGUUUAUGAUAUUGCAGGGAAGCCCCCCAUAUAGGUAUGACAUAAUGUAACUCUCAUGUUUAUGAAUUGAAUAAAAAGAGCAGGAAAUGCUGCUA